AGCUGGACUUCUUCAAAUUGUGCAGCGUGUUUGACGACGUCUCAAACCAAAAGCUUCAGUUUUACUUUCACAAUAAAACUCGAUAUCAGUCCUUAAACUUUCUGUAGGAGCUAUACUUCCUCCAUGAUGAAAUGGCAGUGCUGUACAAACCGAACAUAGCUUCCCGACCUUCUACCCGAUUCACUACAGUUUAUAUAGACUUGCAUGUUUUUGCCUGUUACUUCCUCCUAUCCAGUUCACACAUGACAAAAGCAGGAUUGGGCCCCUCGCGGGUAUUCCCCGAACGGAACAAAGAAUAUCAUUUUGUCAUAGAAGUACUUGAAAACUGAAGCAAGGCCAAUGAGUUGGUUUUGUUCAUGAGUGUCACUAGCUGGCACAGACUGCGAACAACCAUACAAAUUCCAAAAUAGUUGCGAUUCAUGUUCAUAGUUGUCCAGUUUGAUUUGUCUCUUGAAAAUCUAUAGCCGAGUUCGCGACAUCCAUUUUAAACUUGUCCUUCAAUACGCCAUACUGUCACUUGAAAAUCUACCCUUUUCUCUGUAUUGUUCAACCAUGCAUUAUCAUACGGGCAGGAUUCGACCUUUGGCGUUAAUGUUGAGUGCUUGCAUACUGUAUUAUUCACAAGUGAGCAGUGUGUUGGCAGGCGAUCCAAUGUCUGGGAAAGCCGACAUCAAAAUGCAGAAAGAACCCGCCUGCAGCAAUUUGACCUUCGUCACAAGAGCUGAGUGGGGUGCCAUACCCCCAAAGAAACGGCAGGACAUGGUGCUCCCAGUCGGGUACUCAGUGGUCCACCACACUGCCUCAAAGCAGUGCUCAACCCAAGAAGAGUGCUCAAAACUUAUGCGAUCCUUCCAACACUUCCACAUGGUGACACGAGGAUGGGAUGACAUAGCAUACAACUUUCUGAUCGGUGGUGAUGAGAAAGUUUACAUAGGGCGUGGUUGGGACACAGUAGGAGCACACGCUGGAUCUACUUAUUACAACAGUCACUCAAUCGGCACAUCCAUCAUCGGAAACUACAAUGACAUCCUGCCAACCCCCGGUGUACUUCAGGUUUUAAAGGAUCUGAAUGAGUGUGGUGCCAAGUCAGGCUACAUGACCUCAAGAUACGUCCUUCGUGGCCACCGUGAUGUCAGGCAACUCGGCCCCACAGACUGCCCAGGCGAGACCCUCUAUAAAGAGAUCCGAACAUGGCCUCACUACCUCGAGUCGGACAAGACAUCCCAUCCAGAGUCGGACAAGACAUCCCAUCCGGAUGUUUAGGACGUUGUAAGAUUCAGUUUCCGAAUCUGAUGUUCCUCUUAAAAAAAAACUACAAUAAUUAGGGACUAAAGGCCCGGUCCCACUAGGGAUGUACCAGAACGUAAACGAAAGGACAUACGGAAACCUAAAAAAUUCGUCCAUGGGUGUGCAGUAGGCCGCAUCUGAUAAGCCUGUACGUGUCACAUGGGUACCUAAUUAUUCCAUUUGGCGUACGCCCAGUUCUGAAUAAUGAGCAAUGAACAGUGCACUGGAUACAUACCGCCCAUUUGGGUAAAUGGGGGGGGGGGGCAGCGCUAUGUGGUUUUCUUUCUAAAUAAUAGCCUAAUCCCGGUGGUAUAGCUCCAUGGACGCGUUUACACAUGGCGAAGGGAAAUAUUGUUUCCCCCGCUUUAGCCAUGUGUCUUCGUUUCGUGCAUGUGACCUAAUAAUAGUGACCCUUGUUUUGUUUUCUCAGGGAAGUAAUGUUUAAAUUUCAACUUCAAACAUUCAAUUUCGAGGAGAUUUUACAUCCGAGUUUUGUUUCUAAAACAUCCCUUGACUCCCCUGAGAAAAUCGGAAUGUGCAUUCAGCUCCUUAGAUACUUGAGUGGGAGUGGGGUGUAUGUGGGGUAUACAUUUACUCGAGGGACACACAAUCCAUGAAGAAAUUCAUGUAACCAAUAAAUUAACAUAAUUAACUAAAAAAUUCACACAAAGCAUAAAAUAUGGGGGGGGGGGGUCUACAAAAUUCUACCCUAAAUAGUUCCGGGGGUACAGGGAGUCGGAAAUGAACAUUGCGGGAUAUUAGGUCCCGACCUUAAAUUGCCAUCACUUCGGAGUUGUUUGCCCAUUGGCAUAGGACUGAAAGAAUAUGUCCAGGUUUGCCUCAUAACAAGUAUACGCGGCUCCCCUUGACAUCAGUUGCGAUAGAAAGCUUCCGACGCCCCGCCUACUUUUAAUACGAGUCCAGCAACUUUACACAUAGGCCUACAAUAAAACACUCCAACUUUGGUCGUUUUACAUUUGGAAUUUUAAGAUAGGCCUAUAUAUUUUUACGAUAAUACGGUACUAGACCCUAUACAAAACUUAUACUCACUAAUGUCACAAUCCAGUUUGCAUACCGAUGAACAAUGCAAUGCGAAAGAAUAGGCAAUUGGUUUAUAUUAUAAUGAGUGCUAUUAUGUCAAUGUCUGUCACGCUUAAUAACACGUAUUAUGUAAACUGUUGUUGAUUAAAAAACAAAAAAUAGCCUUA